UCCGUAGCCGAAGUGGCGGCGCGGGGCGAAGCGGGAAGAGGAAGAGGAAGGAGGUGGUGGUGCAGGAUGGCGGCGACGGCCUACGAGCGGCUGAAGCUGCAUAUUACACCUGAAAAAUUUUAUGUGGAAGCUUGUGAUGAUGGAGCAGAUGAUGUACUUACCAUUGACCGUGUAUCCACAGAGGUUACACUCGCAGUCAAGAAAGAUGUUCCUCCUUCAGCUGUCACAAGACCAAUAUUUGGUAUAUUGGGUACAAUCCAUCUGGUGGCAGUUACAGGAUAAUAAAACUUUCCUAGCAAUGCUAAACCAUGUCUUGAGUAUGGAUGGAUUCUACUUUUCAACAACGUAUGAUUUGACGCAUACUUUGCAGCGGUUGUCCAACACAAGUCCAGAAUUUCAGGAAAUGAGUCUCUUGGAAAGGGCAGAUCAGCGGUUUGUAUGGAAUGGGCAUCUUCUCAGAGAACUGUCUGCUCAGCCAGAGGUCCAUCGGUUUGCUCUUCCAGUGUUACAUGGCUUUAUUACUAUGCACUCAUGUUCUGUUAAUGGGAAAUACUUCGAUUGGAUUCUUAUCUCCAGGAGGAGCUGUUUCAGAGCUGGCGUGCGCUAUUAUGUAAGAGGAAUUGAUUCUGAAGGCCAUGCUGCUAACUUUGUAGAAACAGAGCAAAUUGUGCACUACAGUGGGAGCAGGGCUUCGUUUGUACAGACUCGAGGAUCAAUACCUGUUUUUUGGUCCCAAAGACCAAAUCUCAAGUACAAACCACUGCCACAGAUCAAUAAAGUAGCAAAUCAUAUGGAUGGUUUCCAAAGGCAUUUUGAUUCACAAGUAAUUAUUUAUGGAAAACAAGUCAUAAUCAAUCUGGUAAACCAGAAGGGCUCAGAGAAGCCACUUGAACAGGCAUUUGCAACAAUGGUGUCUUCCUUGGGAAGUGGAAUGAUCAGGUACAUUGCCUUUGACUUCCAUAAAGAAUGUAGAAAUAUGAGAUGGGAUCGACUAAGUAUUUUAUUGGACCAGGUAGCAGAAAUGCAAGAUGAACUAAGUUAUUUUCUAGUAGACUCUUCUGGCAAAGUGGUGACAAACCAGGAAGGUGUCUUCCGCAGUAAUUGUAUGGAUUGUCUAGAUAGGACCAACGUGAUCCAGAGUUUGUUAGCUCGACGUUCACUUCAGGCCCAGCUUCAGAGACUAGGAGUUUUGCAUGUGGGACAGAAGCUUGAAGAACAAGAUGAAUUUGAGAAGAUUUACAAAAAUGCCUGGGCUGACAAUGCAAAUGCUUGUGCCAAACAAUAUGCAGGAACUGGUGCCUUGAAGACUGACUUUACCAGAACUGGAAAGAGAACUCAGUUGGGACUAAUAAUGGAUGGCUUGAACUCACUAAUACGGUAUUACAAGAACAACUUUUCUGAUGGAUUUAGACAAGAUUCCAUAGACUUAUUUCUCGGGAACUAUUCAGUGGAUGAAUUAGAGUCACAUAGUCCUUUAAGUGUUCCAAGGGACUGGAAAUUCCUGGCUUUGCCUAUUAUCAUGGUUGUUGCCUUUUCAAUGUGCAUUAUCUGUUUGCUUAUGGCUGGUGACACUUGGACAGAAACACUGGCCUAUGUGCUCUUCUGGGGAGUAGCAAGCAUUGGAACAUUUUUUAUUAUUCUUUACAAUGGGAAAGAUUUUGUUGAUGCUCCUAGAUUGGUCCAAAAAGAAAAGAUAGACUGAAUUUGUGUUUGUGGAAAGCGGCUUGGCUUGGAAGAUUCCAUGAUGCAGAACUGGAGUCUUUACUGACCUGCUUUCCACAUCAGCCCGGGUCUUUUUAGCCUUUAUCACAAAGCACCUCAUGUGCUCUGUGCUGGGUGGAGUCUUAGAAUUGAUCUGAUAUUACUGCCUUGAUGAUCUCUUUACUAUUGAGAUGGUUGUAUUUAUAAUUUGCAGCUCUACUAUAAUUGAAAUGUAACCUGAAUUCAGCUCACAGAACAAAAGGAUAUGUUCACUGUCAAGCUAAUCAGCUAUUAACAGAUAAUUAAUAUAUUUUAAAAGUUCAGCCUCUUUCAUUAUUUAAAAUAGUAAAAUUAUUUUUCUGGCUCUGUUUCAUUAUUGUCAUUGUAGCAGUCACUGUUAGCAAGCAUACUU